AUGAAGGAUAAGCAAAUAUGCAUUGCAAUCGGAGUUGGAGGCUGUGGAUCCGAUCAACUCAGUGUGCGCGAGAGGUUUGUUGGUUCAUGCUGUGAUAAAGCUGCGUACUCGUUGCCAGCUGAGAAUAAAUACGAAAUUGUGUGCAUUGUCAAUCGGAUCUAUGAAGAAGCGAGAAAAUAUGAAGGGGUCGCAGAAGAGAAAGUUGAAGAUGCAAAGAAAAAGGUGGCUACGGCGAAGAAAGCUCUUGAAGAUGCAGAAACAGAGGAGAAUAAGGCACGAGAAGAGUUAGAGAAGAAUAGAAACUGGCGCAAAAGAGUUCAAAAGCGAUCGUUGAUCCUCACAGAAAAUGCUAUGAAGGAGGAGAACAGCGAUCUGGAUUCGUCCGACGAGUCCGAUGAAACAAACGGGGAAGAAGAAAACGAAAAGCCUAAAUGCAAGGUCUGUUUUGAACUCUUUGGCAACGAUCACCCCGAAGCCGUCUUGAUAACAUGUGGUCACAAAGGUUGCUUCGGCUGCCUUUCUUCUCUUCCUCAGAAGACAUGCCCUUUCUGCCGAGCUGAUUUCACUGAGGACAAGAUUCUUAAGGUUAUUUCUCCAUAG